AUGGCGGAGCACGGCGAGUUCCUCACGAACCUGACGCUGGACGGCGUGCGCGAGGGCGCCUACAUGCUGUGCAAGCACUCGGACGACCUGCUGGGCCACCACGCGCGCCAGAUUUUCCGUGAGAAGGCGGCGUCCAUGCGCGCCGAGAACAGCAUCUUCUACUACCUCAAGGACCUCAUGAAGAAGUUCGGCUCGCAGCAGCACGCGUCGAAGGUCAAGAAGACGGCGCACGGCGACCCGCAGCAGCUCGUGCUGGAGGCGCACGAGUUCCGCAAGCUCGUGGCGAGCGACCCGGCCUUUGAGAGCGCCAUCCCGAGCGACCAGGUGGACGCGCUCUUCCACCGCCUCGAGUGCGACUACCAGAAGCUGCUGCUGCACAGAGACUUUGUAGAGUUCUGUUUGCUGGAUCAGGACCAACUCCGGUUGCUGCUAUAUAAGUAUCGGAAGCAUUUGAAAAGCUUGGACUUGACAGACAAUGACAUCGCAGAUACCUUCAAGCGACUGGCUCCUCCUGAUGGCACUGCGAUGGCUCCAGAGCUGUUUCACGCGGCGAUCAUGCGCGACUUGGAUGUUACGCUGACAACAGGGGAGCUUGCGUUUGUCAUGGAUCUUAUGGACUCGGACAAGGAUGGUAUGGUGAAGGUCCACGACCUGGAGCUGCUACUCAAGGACGAGCGAGGAGCGGAGGAAUUAAUGCAUCCCCCUCGAGAAAAUAGCGUCGUGGAUAUUAAGAUAUCAACCAACAGUGUGGAAGAAGUUACCCUGCGGAGAGACAAUUACACCCAACUGUUUCCAAAACUACAAGACGAGAGCAACGCCAGUCCGAUGCAUAUCUGGUUUCGUACAGCAGCUAAAGAGGACGGAAAGUCUCCGAUCUCCAACAUCACCUAUGCUACGAGCUCGCGGGAUACAGAGCUUGUGUCCAAAGGUUUUACGUGCAUACAACAAAAUAUCAACCGAAAUGGCGCGUUCGGGAAGCACAAGUACAUUUGGACGAGCCUGGUGCCGUCGAGUACGCAAAUGACCAAUGAGCUCAUUGGCCUGUCACUAACAAGUGGAGAUUUGAGCGACAAGAACACCGCACGAUUAUGGCUACCUCGUCACCGUGGAUUCAAAUUGGUGCCGGGGAACUUGAACGAGAAAAAUCCCAAACGUGGUGUUUUCCUGUGGUUACGACGUCGUCGUGCGCUAUCCACUCAUGAUCUUGUUCAGCCUCCGCAUAAUGAUCUCACGAUCGCAUCUCCGCGAUCACGAGCAAACCUGCACCGUCAUAUCGAUGACCUGGAAGCACAAGUUCGGAAAACUCUACGAAGGAACUGUCCAAUCGAUCAAGACUGUUCGUUAAACUUUAAUCGCCUGUUUGAGGAAUUCGAUCCGAAGAAGGUGCGAGCCAUCACCAAGCAAGCAGUGCUUACUGGGCUCGAGGCAUUUGGCAUCAAAAUGGACAAGAAGGAUUUUCGACUUGUUUGGGAACGUAUCAACCCAUUUGGUGCGAAGGUCAUUCAUGUUGGUACAUUUGCGCAGUUUCUAGAACUCACGGACUUCGAAAUUGAUGAGGUAGUCAACUCGUUACAACGAACGAUGACCACACGUUUCGGAUAUCACGUUCCGAAUUACCGGCUCAUAUUUCAAUCAUACAAUACGCUCGGUGACGGCAAACUUAGCAGAUCCGAUUUUCAGCGUAUAUUUGCGACCAACCAGUUGAGCUUCACCAAUAGUGAGCUCAGCAAGGUGAUUCAGCGAUUUGACGUCAACAAGGAUGGCGUCGUCGACUACUCCGACUUUUUGAGCUACAUCACCGGAAUUUGCGACGCGUCAGCAAGGGCUGCCGGACGUAUCGCCGAGGCCGCCGAUGAAUUCCGAACAUGGGCCCUCGAGAAGCAAAAUAAAAGGCUUGCUAAGGACGGCAAUAUUGACUCGGCAUCUGCGUGGCGCUUGUUGAAGACAAAGCACGGUCGGCUGGAUUCCGAAACUAUAAACCGUAUUCUCCGGCAGCGAAGGAAGCGGUUAAAUGCAGACCAGAUUCGUCUGCUACAAGUGUUGAUGGCACCAGCAACAAACGAGGUAAACCAAUCGGCGUUCCAUGCUUUUGUCAAUCAUGUCCCGAAGAAAAUUUCAGCAAUGCUGUACGAGUUGAAGAAGUUGGUUGGGUCCGGGCCCGUUAAGUCUGAUAUCGAUGAGAUAUACAACCGUCUAAAUGUCGAGGCUAACGGCAAGUUAUCUCUCGUAAACUUCUCUCAGCAGCUGAAUGCUCUGGCUGCAGAAAAGUCCACGCGCCAGAUAGACCUGAAGGAUUUGGCAUACGUGGUACAGUAUACAGGAGCGAAUUGCGGUGGCGAUGGUGCGGUGCUAAUUGACAGGUUCCUAGCCGUCGUCCGUGACAACCAAGAUCGCAGAAACAUGAAGAGUGAGUUUGUCACGCACUACGACAGUCCCCAGUUUCUGGAGGGGGUAAAUUUGCUGCGCGACGAGCUCAAACGGUGUGCCAAAACGCCUGAUGGCAAAUUUGACUACAUGGUACCUUUUCGACUUUUCGACAAGGACAACACGGGCGAGAUCGUUUUGUCAGAAUUUGAGGUGGCAAUUCGUGAACUCGGUGUCGACAAAUAUCUGACAGAUCAAGAAAUAAAGGGGCUGAUGCGGCGGUUUGACCCCAACUCAUCUGGUGCGAUUGAUUUUGACGAAUUCCUCCGUUUCAACCUCGCCGAGUCGUCGUCUUCGUCCAGCAGAAGACUGAAUAUUGCUGUUCUACCAGAUCCCAUUCUGCAGCGUAUUAUUGAAGACAUCAUCAUUAAUGAGCGGCUUACGCGGGAAAAUGUUGGAGCAUACUGUGGUUCCAUAAAACGAAUGUUUGGAAUUAUUGACAAGGACACCACCGGCUUGGUACCAGCGAACCGCUUUGUUGAGACAUUGAAGGAGAUGAGUGUAGCCGUGCCGAAAGCAGACAUGGAUAUAUUGGUGAAGGAGUUCGCGGGAGAAGAUGAAGCUAGCGGAGACGUUCAAUACUUGCUGUUCUGUGAAGCGAUUGCGCAAAAGUGCCAGCAAGGGGAAGAAGGGCAACAUGUGUUGGAUUCGCCACCAUCAGAACUACUCAGCUUGCUGAAGACCUUGCACCAGCAGUACAAUCAAGCGAAGCAAAAGCUGGAAGUAAGCGGUCACGAGUUUGACAUCGAUCGAGCAUUCGGAGUGGAGAAGGACUCCACGAAAUGCGUGUUCAUGUCUAUCGAUGAUUUCAAGGAUGUGUUGUGGGCUGCGGGUGUGCACCACCCCUAUUUGCGCGAAGAGCUGGAAGUCAUGAUGAACUGCUUUCAAUUGCACCAAAACUCCGGGUUCAAUGUCGCGCUAUUUCGUCAGUUCCUGUCCAAAGGCCCGAGUGCAUUUUUUGCUGGUAACUCCGGGGCUCUCGACAGUCAUAUUGACCGACUACUAGGAGAACUUCAGUCCUUCCUGUCGACGGGAAAAGACGCUGGAGCUCGGCUCUUCAGUUUGUUUUCUGAGCUAGACGCAGACUCGAGUGGAUUCAUUUCCCAUGGCGAGUUUUUGCAGCUGCUUCAGCGAGCCGGAUUUAGGCACUUCCUGAGCUCCGAAGAUGAGCAACUACUACUCCAGUUCCUGGAUACCAACGGUGAUGGAGCAAUAUCAUACACAGAGUUUGUUACCUUUGCCAAGCAUGCGGACGAGAAACCUAAACUACUAGUCGAAAAGCAAUCAAGUAUCGCAUCAUUGCCGUCCCCAACAAAGUCGCCCGACACGUUUGAGCGCCCUCACGUCGCAGUAUUGAAUCAAAUCGGCAGACUCAACAGGGUACUUCGUCCACCCUUCCCUUUCGCUAAAUAUUUCAGCAAGUAUCGUGUGAAGCAAACUGAAGCACGGGUAAAAGUUCGAGUUUUUGAAAAGGUUAUCGACAAGUUUCUGGAUAGACUAGUCAUUCAACGAGUGGUUUACAGCAUGAAGGAUAUGGAUAUCGAGCUGCUGGUGCAGGCGUAUGCUGCGACGAGCGAUGAUGGUGCGAUGAUCAACUACGAAGUGUUUUUGGGGGACGUUGCAAAAGCCCAGGAAAAAGCAGCAGCAGCUAAUGCUGAUAGUGACUGCAGCAGUAGUGAGAGCGAUGACGAACUCUCCUGCAGCAGUGAUGAAGAAGAGCGAUCCACAAUCAAGGUCUCUAAGGCUAUCGGGUCAGUGUUACUCCAAACUAUUAAGCACGCCCACAAAACAGCGGCUGAACUCGAGGCAUUGAAAUCGCUGUUGAGCACGCUCAAUAAAGAUUUGGGUGCGAAGAAGCAGGAGGCUAUCAGCGAAAAGAAGAUUUACAAGCUUUUGAUGACUCUUGCUUUGCGGUUGCGAAACAAAGAUGCGUCCAAGCUUCUGGCGUGCUUUAAGAUAGAGCACUACGGUAGAACCCUCUACGAGGUCAAGCCGUUCUUGGCGGCAAUCGAAGAGCAAGUGAAUGUUGCCAUAGGCCCACCGAAGGAGAAAGCUGCGCCUGCUACACCUGUUGUUUCACCUCCCGUUGAAGUGAAACCAAUUGCUCCUGCAGCUGCCACACCCCCAACGCUCGAACCCGCUCUCGCAAAAAAGAUCUACCGGUGCUUUCUAGCGGCAGCACAGCAUAAUAUCAGCGGUCGAAGGCUACUGGAAAAGUGUGAUGUUGCGAAGACCGGCAAGCUGACAUUGUUGGAAUUUCAGACAAUACUGCGUUUGAUGGGAUGUAAGCUCACCGACGCCGAGCUGGAGGCGGUAAAGACUGCUCUUGGCGACCCAAAGUCGGCACAAAUUAACUACAGUAUUCUUGUGCAGCAAAUGGGACCGGAUCGCCAACACCGACCACGCAAGGCGCGAGCCAUAAGCGCUGAGAUUCUUAACUUCGAUCGUGAAUCCACGCGCGCCCCAUUGUCUUUUGAAGAAGCCAAGCGAAUUGAUAGCUUCGUCACGCAGUUCUUUUCCGAGCUUCUACAUAUGCGGCAAAUCGAUUCAGCGAGGUUGCACCAAAGUUUUGAGCCCUACGAUAUCAAGAGCUCAGGGUUCAUUUCAAUUGACGCAUUCCACUCGGUGAUGAGGAAGCUCGAUAUCUUCUUGCCGGCCGACGUGUCGUCGUCGGUGAUAUCGCGGUUUACCGCGGUAUCUGGAGAAAAGUUUGACUACGUUGAUUUUGGCCAAGUUGUGUUCAAGCUAAACCUGCCAGCCAUCGAAACUGAACUCAGUGCAAAACUACCAGAGCCCCAGCUCAAACGAAUCCCAUCCAAACGCAGCGGAGAAGAAAGCGGCUGGAGAUGUCCUGUAUGCUUUCACCAACAGACAAGAGUCACAGCUACUUGUGAAAUCUGUGCUGCUCAGAACCCGGCAUCCGUCGAGUUUCAAAGUUUGCUCCAAUGCUCUGCGUGCGGAUUCCGGAACAAGCCAGACGCGCGUACAUGCGAGUUGUGUACCGUAACACUACGGCGCUCAAUGUCUCACUCCAAUACCUGGAGGGCAUGUUCAUCAUCCAAACAUUCGGGCACCUCGCAAACUGCAGUUCCAUGCGAUGGUUGGCUGGCGUAG